AUGCUUUUGAUGCUUUACUUGGCUGGAAGAAGGAAUCCCUACCCCCUGUUGAAGUCCCUUGAAAUUCAGAAGAGAGUGAUGCCUAGUUGUUGGUUUCUUCUCUUACGUUUCUGGCUUAGAGUGGAUGGUGCCCUGAUGAGAUUGAGGGAUACUCGCGUCUUUUGCACUUUUAAUCAGAAUUCAAAGCCACUCAUCAUUCGGGAGAUUUGCUGGAGGGAAACUUCAUUUAAAGCUCUUGCUUCUAAAUCAAUAGAUAAUGAAACUAAAGAGAAACAGGAAGAAUCAGAGAAGUAG